AUGCCAGCACGCAAAGCAGCAGCAACAAAAGCCAGAAAAGGCAAAGAAGAAUCCGAAGCCGAAUCUCUCCUUCCCGACUCUGGCCCCUCCCGCCGCAGUGCCCGCCAAGCCAAUAAGAAAUGGGAGACUGAUUACGCCGAUACAGGCGCAACCGCAAACGGGACACCGACCAUGUCUCCUACGCGCGGUGAUGUCAAGCAGGAAGAGGAGGAGAGAACCUCAGUAACGCCGCGAAAAGCCAAUAUGAGCGCGAAGAGGUCUGCACCUACAUCACCAGCUGGGCAGGGCAGUGCGGCGAAGAGAGUGAAGUUCGAGAAAGGGGAUGGCGGGAAUAUUGAGGGUGUGAAGAUGGAGUUUUCUCCUGCGUCCAAGGUGGAUGAGGUUGUUGGGGACGAUGAGGAGAGUGGCAGUGAGCUAAGUGAGAUUAAGUCUGAAGAUGAGGACGAAAUGUCGGAAGACGACUUUAGCGAUGAUGAGAAACCAGCCAAGAAGCGUAAGAGUCCAAGCACGAAGAAGACGCAGACGAAAACACCGCCGAAGUCGAAAGCGAAAUCUACAAAGAAAGCUCAGAAAGCUACUCCAGACUCGGACCCUGCAACCACUCCAGCUUCUAAAUCGAAGAAAAAGUCGUCAUCAUCAACAACAACCUCCCCAGCCGACAAAGCCGCCGCCCUUCAAGCCAGGAAACUCAAAGAAUUCGCACAAUUCUCGAAUAAAUCCCCCUUCCCCGACUUCCCACACCCAACACCCGACGAAGCACGUCUAGCCCAUCGCAUCCUAGCAAAACUCCACGGCGAACGCGUCCGGCCCAAAGAAGUCGUUGCUCGCGCCGACGUCGCAGGAUGCGGUGAUUCGCCUUCUGUUCUUGACGCGCUGGUUCGUACAAUCCUAUCACAGAACACGAGCGAUAAGAACAGUACUAGAGCAAAACUGAGUAUGGAUAAAGUCUACGGGGGGAGUGACUCUUGGGACGCGAUUGUCGAAGGCGGCCAGGCGAAACUUCAAGAAGCUAUCAAAAGUGGUGGGUUGAGUCAGGUCAAAUCUCGCGUGAUUAUCAGUAUCCUCGAGCAAGUCAAAUCGAAGUACGGGGAAUAUACUCUCGAUCACCUAUUCAAAAAGAGCGACGAAGAAGCAAUGCAGGAAUUGAUCUCGUUUCAGGGCGUUGGACCCAAGACAGCGAGUUGUGUACUGCUGUUCUGUCUUCAAAGGGAGAGUUUUGCAGUUGAUACACAUGUUUACAGAAUUGCUGGAAUGUUAGGAUGGAGACCAGCGAGCGCAACGAGAGACGAGACACAUGCGCAUCUUGAGGUGAGGAUUCCGGAUGAGGACAAGUAUGGGCUACAUAUACUUAUGGUUGGGCAUGGAAAGAAAUGUGAUGAGUGUAAGGCUGGUGGGAAGAGUGUGGGUAAAUGUGAGUUGAGAAGGGCGUUUAGACAGGGGAAGUUGAAGGGAGAAGCUGGACAGGACGUCAAGGAGGAGGAAGAAGAGGUUGUUAAGAAGGAGGAAGAUGGUGGUGAGCAGGAAGGGGAAGAAGAAGAGGUCAAGAAAGAGGAGUGGGAGAGUGGGCAGGAGGACUAUGUGCACGGCAUGCAAAGUGGAAAGAGUGGGAGUAAGAAGCAGAAGACUUCGAAAGUCAAGAAGUGA